GCCUUUCUCUGCCUUGCCGGUAUGUCAGGGCUCAGUUCUCUAUGUGUGUGGACAAGCGUGUCGGUCACAGGCCUGAAGGAACAAUGGCACAUAGUCUCAAUCUCUCUUUCCUUUUUCCCUCCCUCCCUCUCUCUCUCCCUCUCUCUCUCUCUCAGACUGAGUCAGGGCCCCGGGGGUCCAGCAGGGACCGACUGAGUUCCGAGGCCUCUCUCCCCCAGGAGAAAGGGGGGCCCUCCGUGCCAGCGCACCUCAUGGGAAGCCCCUACGCCUUCGGCCUCACGCCCGGAGCAGUCAUGACCGACUCUCGAUUCCAACCCCUCAACCUGCCCAGGCAGAUGCCCCACGGAGUGCCCCCUGGUGGAGUUCCUGAGGAGUACUUGCGGGGCUUCCGGCCCUACGCCACGGCUGAAGACCUGCGAAUGCCCUCGCUGCCCCUCGGGCUGGACCCGGCCACUGCGGCCGCCGCUGCUGCCUACUACCACCCCGGUUACCUGCCACACCCUUCCUUCAACCCGUACAGGAUGGAUGAUCCGUUCUGCCUGUCGGCUCUGAGGUCGCCAUUCUACCAGUUGCCAGGGGGGGGAGCCCUUCCUCCACUGCACCCCUCGGCAGUCCCCUUACACCUGCCAGGGGUGCGUUACCCAGGCGACCUGUCCCACCCUUCGCUAUCCAGUCUGCAGUCUGAACGCCUGUCAGAAAGACUCCAGAUGGAGGACGAGCUGCGGAGGGAACGGGAGCGCGAGCGCGAGAGGGAGCGCGAGAAAGAACGCGAGCGCGAGGCCGAGCGCGAGAAGGAGCGCGAGCGGGAACGGGAGCGCGAGCGCGAGAAAGAGCUGGAGCGCGAGCGGGAGCGCGAGAGGGAGAGAGAGCGCGAGAGGGAGCGAGAGAGGGAGCGGGAGAAGGAGAAGGAGAGGGAGCGAGAGAGGGAGCGAGAGAGGGAGAAGGAGAGAGUGGCGCGGGAGAGAGAGAAGGAGCUCCAGAUGUCCAAGGCCAUGGAGAGCCACUACCUCGCCGAGAUGCACGGGCUCAGGGGACAGCCUGAGGACCGAGCAAAGUCUGGAGAGAGACUCACCCCCAACAGAACCGCAGAUAAAACCAAAGAGUCCCCUCUGGCCACACCUAAGCCCCUGCAGCCUGGACUGCACCCAUCCCUGGGAUCGGCCCAUCACGGCGUGCCCGGCCUGGUGCCGUCCCACGGCAUGUACCUGGGGCCUCCAGGGGCCCACGGGCCCGGCGUCCUGACGGCCGCCAUGAUGCUGCAGCAGCGCACCAACGAGGAGGAGCGCUGGCUGGCUCGCCAGAGGAAGCUAAGGCAAGAGAAAGAGGACAGACAGUACCAAGUGUCUGAGUUUCGUCAGCAGGUGCUGGACCAGCACCUGGACCUGGGGCGUGGUGGAGAGGGGGCAGAUAUGCGGAUAGAGGGACACAGAUCUUUGUCCAACCACCAUGAGUCUUCUGGUCGCGAUAGCCGCGACCUGCACCAUCACCUGGGCGCCCCUCCGCCCCUAAUCUCCCCGAAGCCCCAGCCUCGGGAGCACGGCCCCCCGCACCACCCUCCUCCCCCCACCACCCUCUGGAACCCGGCCGCCCUCAUCGAGAGCCCCUCGUCCGACUCCCGUCGCUCCAGUGCCUCAGCUCACUCCCACGAGCCGCCCGAGCUCAGCCGGCCCCACUUCGACAUCAGCCGGCUGGCCUCCUCCGGCCACCUGCCCCCGGGCUCCAGCAAUGGCGCCUCCAGCAAGGCCGAGAGGCUGGAGGACAGCGGCGGCGGUCAUCAUCGAGGUGGACGGAAGGACUGCCUGGACAGGUACCCGCACAUGCGGGGCCCGCUGACGGCCGCCGGCGGAGGGGGGGCCGUGUGCUUCCCGGAGCCGGGCGCCUACCUGGCCGAGCUGGAGAAGUCUACCCAGAGCUUCCUGAGCCAGCAGAGGGCGGCGGUGAGCCUCACCAGCCAGUACGGGGACCUCAGCGCCUCGCUCAAGGCCGCCGCCGCCAUCGCUGCCUCGGGGGGACCCUACAAGGGCCUCCUGCAGGGGCCGCCUCCCCCGCGGCUCGGCCCGGAGCCGGCGCUCGUGUACGACGAGUUCCUGCAGCAGCACCGCAGGCCAGUCAGCAAACUGGACCUGGAGGAGAAGAGGAGGAGAGAGGCCCGGGAGAAAGGUUACUACUAUGAGCUGGACGACUCGUAUGAUGAGAGCGAUGAGGAGGAGGUGCGGGCUCACAUGCGGAGGGUGGCACAGCAGCCGCCCCUUAAACUGGACGAGUCCACAGAGAAAGUGGACUUCCUGCGCGUGUUCGGCCUGACCACGCUGUCGCGGCGCGACGAGCUGCUGCAGCAGAAGCGGCGGAAGCGAAGGCGGAUGCUCCGCGAGCGCAGCCCAUCGCCGCCGGCCGUGCAGAGCAAGCGGGUCGCGGGGGGCAGCAGCUCCCAUGCCGGUAGCCCCGCCGCGCCGUCCACCACCACCACCCAGCUCAGCACGCGCUUCACCCCCGAGGAGAUGGACAGCACGCCCCAGCUGGAGGACAAGAUCCGCUUCCUCACCAUGUUCAGCCUGUCCCACGUCAGCCAGGAGCAGAGGAGAGACUCCACCUCCAGCCAGCCACCGGCCGAGUCCGAGGACGCUCACGGCGCCAGGCCCCCCAGCCCCUCCCUCGCUCCUGGGGGCCACGCCCUGCCAUGUGACCCCAGCACUGCCCUGGACCAGCAGCACAAGCACUCGGCAGACCCCCUGAGACCAAAGGACCCCAGCCUGUCCGCCGCGCUGCCUGACAAGGCCAGGGGCAGUGAGGGUCCAUCCGCCAAGAAGUCCUCCAGCCUGCUGAACAGCAUGCGGCCGCCACCGCACCCAAAGGACGGCCCCCCGGCCAGCCUUAACGGCAGGGUCAAGCCCUGGGAGAGCUUCACGGCAGAGGAGUUCGCCCAGCAGUUCCACGAGUCUGUGUUACAGUCUACCCAGAAGGCCCUGCAGAAGCACAAAGGGGGCGCCUCUGUGAUCUCUGAGCCCAACCACGCCCUGGACUCCUCAGUGCACUACAACAUUCCAGAGCUCCAGAGCGCUCCAGGCCGCUCCGCCUCUUCCUCCUCCUCCCACCACCACCCUGGCCACCCCCACGUCCACGGCCACGGCCACCCACACAUGCACCCGCACGCUCACUCGCACCCUCAGCCCAACGGGCCGCACUGCCCCCUCCCGCCACGCCCGGAGCUCGCCGGACCCCGCAACGAGCUCUCGGCCGACGAGGACUCAGACGACGAAGAGUAUGAGGAUGAGGACGAGGCUCCCACGCCCCGGUGGCAGGGCAUAGAGGCCAUCUUUGAAGCCUAUCAGGAAUACAUUGAAGAGCAAGGCAUUGAAAGGCAGGUCCUGCAGAGCCAGUGUAGGCGGCUGGAGGCCCAUCAUUAUAACCUCAGCCUGACGGCGGAGCAACUCUCCCACACCAUGGGGGAUCUGAUGGCCCAGAAGCAGAAGCUCGCGGCCGAGAGGGAGAAGCUACAGGCCGAGCUCGAGCACUUCAGGAAGUGCCUGUCCCUGCCACAGACCCACUGGUCCAGGGCUCACUUCAAGGGCUACCCCCCCAGGUGACACGGUUCCCCGGCCCCCGCGUACCCACCGCACCCCCCCUCCUACCGCCCCAACGCCACACUCCUGCCCUAAACCCUCUGACCUCCACCAACACAUGGCCCCCCAGGAUGGAGAUGGAGAGAAGUGGAGAGAGAGAGAGAAAGAGAAAGGCGGACCAAGGGGAGAUGGUGCGGAUUGGCCACACAGGAAAGGACUGAAGAGAGAGAGAAAGAGAGAAAGAGAGAGAGAGAGAGAGAGAGAGAGAGAGAGAGAGAGAAAGAGCCGUCUUAUGUUUGUGCAUGGGGAAAAAACGCCACUGACCAGCACCUAGGGGGUCAUGGUGAGCACGUAUGUAAAGUGAUCAAAACCGUGGAGUGAUCUGGCCACUUAAAAACACACACACAUACACACACACACACUCACACACAGACACUCGUGUAUGCUCUGGGGUAGUGGCUCUAUGUGAUGACGCUGUUUAUACCUCUGCUCCAGCUAUGGCACCUACCCUUUGGGUUUUCCCCUUUUGGACCUAAAACUGAGUACUAUGGGAGAAACUGAUCCAAAAUGGAGGCCCUAUUCCCAUGCCCAGCGUCAGCCCCAGCCAAUGCUACCCUAUGUUACACCAGGCCCAUCUCUGCCGCCCCCUGUUGGUCUAAACAAGCUUUCAACUGGAAAUGCACUUAACUUGUAUGAGAAAUCCUGAAGAACUACGAACUACCUGGAGGUACUGUGUAACAACAACAAAGGAACUCUUUUCAAAUUAGGGAAAGAACUUACCGGAAAAAAUAGAAAGAAAUGCACACUUUUUGGAAAGAAUAAAGGAAAUGUUUUAUUUCAAAGUACAAAAAUUGAGAAUAAAAUUUUAAAAAGGUGCUUCGGCCUUGUAUUGUAAAUAAUAUUAAAAACAAAAAAAAGAAUUUUGUAUGUUUUUAUUACUUUACUCAUUGUUGUUUGAGGAAAAAAAGAAAAGCCUGCCAUUUUUAUAUGUUAUAGCUUUUUGUUUUUCAUUUUGGGCAAAGAGAAACCCCUUGCUUUUAGUGUGUGCUGCUGCUGGUCGGGAUAAAAGCAUUUUGCAGCGGAUCUCGGGGGGUGGGGGACAGAAGAAAAACAAAAUCAAAGAGAGGAUAUGCGAUGAGUGGACAUCUCGUACCUUCUUGUCCCUGCCUGUACUGCGGAACCCUCUAGCCCCACUGACCCUUUCAGCUUCCUCUCUGCCCAGAAGGUGACUCUGGACCGUUAUAUACGUAGCUUCCUGUCUACUCUCUUUCACACACGAUUGGAUGAAUACCCUCCACCAUCCCCUCAGGCAUCGUCCAGUGGGUGGUUGUUUGGCGAAGCCUGUUCACCCAUUGCCACGCAUCCUUGCCCGAGACUUCUGGAACACCCCUGUGUUGUCAUGAGACUUUGUUUUCUUUGAAUUGUUCUUGUUCUUAAUUCGCCUUUUCGCCAGGGAGCAGCAUGUCUCCCCUCCCACCUGCACUGUUCAUGGUGACCUCCAUCCUCCAUUUUGUUUCAUUAUGUUUUAAGUGUGUGCACACGGAGGCGCCUGGUUUGAGACUAGGUGGAGAGAUGUGUCUGUACACUCAAAAGUGCAUUGUUGUUUUCUUUUGGAUUUCUGUUAUGUUGAGGAGGCUGACCCCUGUCAAACGGUAGCCUGAUGGCACUUGAACAAGGAGCUUGAUAAACUGAUGUCCUGGCCUGAAAUGUACUAAGAUCCAAAGUAUGUCCUUUUUUAUUUGUUGAGUGAUACACAAAUAAGCACUGUAUCCCCCCCCCCCCCCCCCCCCCAAUUGACCUGUUAAGUACCACUUGUCACCAUGUUUGCCAUAAAUGGAAAGUUGUGCCAAAUGCCCCACAAACAUACAGGACCAUAUUUCUGUGAGCAUUCAUAUCGAACUGGAGUGGAUCAUGUCCUUGUUUAUAUGAACAAAAUUAUGCCCAUAAAAUAUAUUGGGUAUAAUAUGCAUUGCCAGACAUCCUUUUAAAUGUAAUGCUAAAUUCUAACUGAACAGGAUGGCUUUCCCAGUUAUAGUGAUGCCUGUGGCUUCAUUAAGCUUUUGAUGGAGAAUUGCCAUUUAAAAAUGCCAUUUAGUCUUGAACAAAACCUAAUCUUCCAUGCGGAAACUAACUCAUAAAAAAGCAGAUGAUGGUGUCAAAAUUUGUCAUUGACACAAAAUGUAAGAUUGCCAUUUGGUUGAUGUACCAUAUCAAUUUGAGGGCUCCUUAUUUGCCAAGCCUCUCAUGUUGAUUUUGCAUGGCUUCAUCUCUGUAAGACCAUGCAUUCAUUGAAGCUAAAUUGUUAUCCCUGCCCUUCUAUGCCUGAGGAAAACAGAAUAAACACAAAGGCCUUAACGCAGUGCCAGGAACUUAGAUACACCAAUAAUCUCUCUGAGGGGAAAAGAAUAUUAUUUUGUAUGUUUUGGGGAAACACAUCAUAUUGUUUUUUGUACUAUUUUUCGUCAUGUUUUUUUUUUUAUUAUUAUUUUUGGUGAAAGAUGCCCACCACCACAAUCACAGAAUAAACCAUAUGUAUGCAUGCAGGCCUACAGCCUGGGCUUACCACCCCUGCUUGAUAGACAAAGACUCCUAGCCAGUACCACCCAAACCGCCAUGCCGAAAAAAAGUUUGGUAAUAUUCACAUAGGUAGCCAAGCACUCUGCCUCCAUCUUUUUGUGCAGUCGUACCCGCUUUGAACUGUGAGCAGGUCAUUAUGUCCGCUGGUUGGCAUGUCCCUCUGCCUAUAGAAGCCGUUGACUGUAGCACCUUGUCUGUUUCCAAUGCUGUUUCUCUCCCUCUACCUUAUUCAUAUUUUCAUACCAAACUCCCCCGUCAAGAAGGCUUAGAAGCAAGAGGACAGUGCUUGUCUCGUGUUCGGCUCCUCUCCCCCCUACCGCCCACCCUCAUUGCCCAGCUGAUCCACAGCUGACCUUAAGGAGUAACACCCCCCCCAAAGCCCUCCCACUCUCCUCCCAUGUCUGUCAGUCAGUCAUCAUGAUUCCCUGAGGUACAGAGGAGUGCUAGGUUUGGAAGUGGUACCAUGUUUACAGACCCCCAAGGCUGGCCCUAGCAUCGACUGUCCUACCAUAGCCCAUGUUGUUCAGGUGGAGGCCAGGGUGUCCCCCUCCCCCCUCACACACGCACAUGCCCAACAGAGGAGGUCUAGAUGCUGUGAAAUCAUGAUUUUUUUUUUUGUUAAUGUACUUGUUUGAAUUCAUUGUAAUGUAAUAUAUUAUUUGUUGAAUGUAGUAAUUAGGUAUUUAUGAAUAUAUUGCUGUAAUUUCAGACAAAAAAAUAAAAUAUUUGAAAAUGUAA